AUGCCAACAUUAUGUAAUGUCUAUAAAUUAAUAGAAACUGCAGAGCAAGAAACGAAAAGAGGUAAUCUCCAAAAUAGUAUAAUAUACUAUAAGGAAACCUUAAAGGAAAUCAAUGAAAUCACAGACAAGAUAGAAGAAAGUGGCCUGUCAAAAAAUGUAAUAGAAGCUGUACAAUUACUGCGGAAGGAUAUAUCUCAAACGAUAUAUGACAUUCAAAAUGUAUUACCAACUGAAAAUGAUUUUACCAUUCCUUAUAGUAACAAAAUAGGUGAAAAUGCCGAUGUAUUUCGAAAUGAAUCAACUAAUAAUUGUCCUAGCACUGCUGAUUCAAAUGGAAUAAACCAAAAUUUUCUUGGGUCAGUAUAUUUAAGGAUGAAUCCAUCAGUAAUGCAACCAGGAGGUGCCAAAAUGUGGGAGACUAGUAUGAAUAACGAUAAAUUAAUCCCUAAUAAUGACCCACUGUUUCUGGGAAUUGUAAAUAAACUUCAAAGUAAUAUUAUAAUGUCUACUUCUAAUCAGUUCAAGAAUGGACAACACACCGUACGAGGAACACAAGCCAUUGAAGAAGAGAUUCAACAGCAUGUAGAACAAUUCAGAAAAGAAGUAAGUUGGUAUGAACAAAAGAGAUUCGAGGAAUAUGAAAAUAGAAUGAAAGAGCUAGAAAUGGAAAAUAAGAAAUUGAAUUUACAAGUUGAUCGUUUAAAACAACGUUGGGAUAGUUUAGUAGAGAGUGCAAAGGAAAGGAAAAAGAAAUAUUCGGUUGACUCAACUUAG